ACAAAACUCAAGAGGCUUUUCUUUCACAACCUGCGUCUGCGUCUCCGUAUGCUUCUUCCCCGCAACCGUCUCCUCCCACAAAAUCUCUCCAACUCCUAAUCCAAACUCCGAUUCCAACUCCUCCGCCAACCCAAAAACCAUAAAUAAACCACACUCCAAUCCAACAACCUCCUACGCUGCCGAAAAACCCGAUCUUUCCGCUACAUCGCGCCGUCUCGCCGGUUUAAUCGCCGGAUUGGAGCAUGGAGCUCCGAUCCACGCCGCCGGCGACGCGGCGGCUGCUGCUGCUGGCGUGGGCGGCUCUCCUGUGCACCUUCUGCUGCUCCUGCGAGGGGAGGUUCGUCGUCGAGAAGAACAGCCUCAAGAUCACGGCGCCGGACACGCUCAAGGGCACCUACGAGUGCGCCAUUGGCAACUUCGGCGUUCCCCAGUACGGCGGCACCAUGGUCGGCGUCGUCGCCUACCCCAAGGCCAACCGGAAGGCCUGCAAGAGCUUCGACGACUUCGACAUCUCCUACAAGGCCAAGCCCGGGUCUUUCCCCACCUUCUUGCUCGUCGACAGGGGAGAUUGCUUCUUCGCAAAGAAGGCAUGGAAUGCGCAGAACGCAGGAGUGGCGGCUAUCCUUGUCGCCGAUGACAAGGAUGAGCCGCUUAUUACGAUGGACACGCCUGAAGAGAGCGGGCGGGAGGAUUAUUUAGAGAACAUCACCAUUGCGUCAGCGCUGGUCACAAAAAGCUUCGGCGAUAGGCUCAGGAAAGCAGUCGAGAAGGGCGACAUGGUUAAUGUGAAUUUGGAUUGGAGGGAGUCCCUGCCUCACCCUGAUGAGCGGGUCGAGUACGAAUUUUGGACUAACAGUAACGAUGAGUGUGGUCCAAAAUGCGACAGCCAGAUUGAUUUCGUCAAGAGCUUCAAAGGACCGGCGCAGAUACUUGAGAAGAAAGGUUACACACAGUUCACUCCUCAUUACAUUACUUGGUAUUGCCCGGAGUCCUUCACGUCAAGCAAGCAGUGCAAGUCCCAGUGUAUCAACCACGGGAGGUACUGUGCGCCUGACCCUGAACAGGAUUUCAGCAAAGGGUAUGAUGGGAAAGAUGUGGUGGUUCAGAAUUUACGGCAAGUUUGUGUUUAUCAAGUUGCUAAGGACAGUCAGAAACCCUGGUUGUGGUGGGACUAUGUGACUGAUUUUGCAAUUCGCUGCCCAAUGAAGGAAAAUAAGUACACUAAGGAAUGUGCUGAUGAAGUGAUCAAGUCACUUGGACUUGAUCACAAAGCAAUAGAUAAGUGCAUUGGUGAUCCAGAUGCUGAUAAAGAAAAUCCUGUGCUGAAAGCUGAACAGGAUGCUCAGAUUGGCAAAGGCGCUCGUGGUGAUGUCACUAUCUUACCGACACUAGUCAUCAAUAAUAGACAAUACAGAGGGAAACUUGACAAAGGAGCAGUUCUUAAAGCACUUUGUGCAGGCUUUAAAGAAACUACUGAGCCUGCUGUUUGCUUGACUGAAGAUAUACAAACAAAUGAGUGUUUGGAGAACAAUGGUGGCUGUUGGCAUGAUAAGGCUGCUAACAUAUCUGCAUGCAAGGAUACUUUCCGUGGAAGAGUUUGCGAAUGUCCGGUUGUGAAAGGUGUAAAAUUUGUUGGUGAUGGCUACACUCAUUGUGAAGCAUUAGGAUCUGGACGCUGUGAGAUUGACAAUGGAGGAUGCUGGAAAGAGACCAGGAAUGGUCUAACACACUCUGCCUGCACUGAUGGUGGCUGCAAAUGCCCAGAUGGAUUCAAAGGUGACGGUGUCCACAAGUGUGAAGAUGUUGAUGAGUGCAAGGAAAAGACUGCAUGCCAGUGCAAAGAAUGCAAAUGCAAGAACACAUGGGGAAGCUAUGAGUGCGGCUGCGGUGGUGGCCUGCUGUACAUGAAGGAGCAUGAUACGUGCAUAAGCAAAAAUGCAGCAGCACAGGUAGGCUGGAAUUUCCUAUGGGUUAUCUUCUUCGGCCUAGCGGCAGCAGGAAUUGCAGGAUACGCGGUGUACAAGUACAGGAUCCGGAGCUGCAUGGAUUCGGAGAUCCGGGCCAUCAUGGCGCAGUACAUGCCCCUGGACAACCAGGGAGAUAUCUCCAGUCAUUCUCACCAUAUCGAGAUGUGAAGAGCAGCAGUAGAGGCUGGUUCUUCCAGGAUUAUGGAAAAGAUGAUGAUAGGAACAGAUAACCACUUGUGAUGCAUAUGCGUGAUGAAACGAUCUUCUGUGUAGUGUGCUCUGUUGGGCCCUCGUGUAAAUUCAUAGAUAAGUUAGAAUUUUUUUUCUUAAGUUUGAAUGAUGUGAUGAUCUCUUUCUUUCAUUUUUUUUUAUAUCGGGAAAGAGAUGUCAAACUCA